CUUCUUCAUCAAACACGCACAGUCACCGUCAAUAUUUCCAUCAAGCACAAACAUUUUCUUUCCCAAUAUGAGACACGAGAGACCAUUGUGCAUGUUAAAAAUAAAAAAGCCUUCCUCGCUUAAUGUGGAUGUCCCCCCUCGUCCCUCCUCUUCACUCUCUUAAAAACUCUUCAGGUUUUUUUUUUUUCUCCAACUGAGCGGAUUCAGGCUGAGGCGGGCGCAACCGCACUAGAGGGGGAAGUCAAGUCGUGCUGGACUGGCGCGAUACCCUCGCACGGUUCACACAACUCAAAAGAAGAGCGACACUCGCCUCCAAUCAUGCUUUUUAAAUGAUGGACCAUGCUGAUUUUAAAAGUUGACCAGGGAUUUCUCGUGGUGGGGUGUUUGCGAGGCAUGGCUUUCAUUUUAACUUGCUUCUUCCUGUCAUGUGCGAGCGGUGUUUGGGGGAGUCAAAUCAGGGACCCCAGCAUCUAUUUGGAUAACAUCACGCGUAUAUUGGACAGAUUAUUGGAUGGCUAUGACAACAGACUGCGACCUGGAUUUGGAGGUCCAGUCACAGAGGUUAAAACUGACAUCUUUGUCACCAGCUUUGGACCAGUGUCAGAUGUCGAGAUGGAAUACACCAUGGACGUGUUCUUUCGUCAGACGUGGAUCGACGAGCGGCUAAAAUUUGAGGGUCCCAUUGAGAUCCUGCGGCUCAACAACCUGAUGGUCAGCAAGAUCUGGACGCCGGACACCUUUUUCCGGAAUGGCAAGAGGUCGAUCUCUCACAACAUGACCACCCCCAACAAGCUGUUCCGCAUCAUGCAGAACGGAACUAUCCUGUACACCAUGAGAUUAACUAUAAAUGCAGAGUGCCCGAUGCGUCUGAUGAACUUCCCGAUGGACGGCCAUGCCUGCCCGCUCAAGUUUGGGAGUUAUGCUUACCCCAUCAGUGAGAUCGUGUACACGUGGAAGAAAGGUCCUCUCUCCUCCGUCGAGGUGCCACAGGAAUCCUCCAGCCUGCUGCAGUACGACCUGAUUGGUCAGACGGUGUCAAGCGAGAGGCUCAAGUCCAAUACAGGUGAAUAUGUCAUCAUGACGGUCCACUUCCACCUACAAAGGAAGAUGGGCUUCUUCCUGAUCCAGACCUACAUUCCCUGUAUCAUGACCGUCAUCUUGGCCCAAGUCUCCUUCUGGAUUAACAAGGAAUCAGUUCCAGCUCGGACUGUGUUCGGUAUCACCACCGUCUUGACCAUGACGACGCUCAGUAUCAGCGCCCGCCACUCCCUCCCCAAAGUUUCCUACGCCACAGCCAUGGAUUGGUUCAUCGCCGUUUGCUUUGCCUUCGUCUUCUCCGCCCUGAUUGAGUUCGCGGCCGUCAACUACUUCUCCACCCUGCAGGCCAACAGGGAGCUGCGGAAGGUCGCAGCUAUGAAGGUGGCGGCUCAGGAGGCGGCGGCGGCUGCGGCUGCGGCUCCGGCUGCGGCCACGGGGACCGACGGAGAAGUUUCCUCGGUGGAUGCCACUAGUGUGCUGAAGAAGAGGAUGAACUCCGCUCCGGUGUUCGACCGCCCGGCCAAAACGUUUCCCAACCCACCUGUCAAUGCCCAGGCCUUCCUGCAGCAGGGUUCAGCUGUACCGGACAACAACAUGCUGACCGGCACCAGCAUCAUCGACAAAUACUCCCGCAUCCUCUUCCCCCUCUCGUUUGGCGCGUUCAACCUGGUCUACUGGAUCGUGUAUCUCACCAAGGACACCAUGGAGUUGUCCAGGGAUACCGUCUAAACCUCUCCUCCUGGAAAUCACACACACACACACACACACACACACACACACACACACACACACACACACACACACACACACACACACACACACACACACACACACACACACACACACACUUUACAUACACACA